AUGUUUAAGGUGUUUGCGCCGUAUGCGUGUGGCUCGGGUAUCCCAGAAAUCAAAUGUAUUUUGUCGGGUUUUGUGAUUCGUGGUUAUUUGGGUAAAUGGACAUUCAUCAUUAAAUCUGUUGGAUUGAUACUCGCUUCCGCUUCG